AUGGGCAAAGACGAGCAGAAUGACGACGUCAACCUCUUCCAGCUGAUGCUGGAUCAAGCCGACGGUAUCGACUUCUCCGACCCCGCUGCACCGGACCUCCCUGAUCCGACGGAGCUCAUGCUUCCAGGCUUGGAAGUCUCGAAACUAUUCUGCGUCGUAUACUGGGCCCUCCUACACUCGCAAGACGAAGAAGGCAUCACAGCGGGUCUGGACAUGAUGAAUCUCGAGCAAGCCAAAAAAGCCGUCAACGGGACCUUCCGAUUCAACGUCCGACCAAACGAAGGCUCUGGUAUCCAAGACCAAGUGGUUACCUUCUACGUAGACAUGCGUCGCGACGGCAAGAUCAUCCGUGGUUCUGGUCCAGCGAAACCCAAACCGGAUUGCGUAAUGACCAUCAGCGAUAGAGAUAUGGUCAGACUCGCACUCGGUCAGCUGAGUCCACAGGUGGCUUUUAUGAAGGGGAGGAUCAAGGUGAAAGGAAACAUUAUGUUGGGAUUGAGGAUGCAAACUGUACUGAUGAACGAGGUGAAGAAGAUGUCGCGCGUUGCCAAGCUCUGA